AAAAAGGAGAGCAGGAAGCGGUAGAACUCAACUCACAAACAGAGCGCUGACAUGACCAGACUGCAGGAGACUAUCACCAUGGCGAUGUUGACCCUUCUACUGCUUCUCAGCGCUGCCUUUACACUGGGCGACAUAAUGACUGCGAACAUAGCAAAUGAUUUGGUGAAAUUUGCAGCAGACAAAAGAAACCCAUGCCCCAGAGGCUGGUUCCAAUUUAAUUCACGCUGCUUCAUGUUUGUCAAAACUGCAAUGACAUGGCCCAAAGCAGAGCGCCACUGUCAGUUACUUGGAGAAAAACUGGAACCUGUGCGCAACACUGUAAAGUACCUUGGCGCAAACCUGGCAUCUGUGCACAGCUAUGAAGAGUUCCGAUUUCUACAGGCGGUGGUGUUGAUCAAUACUGGCAGUUUCCCUCUUACCUGGAUUGGCGGAUAUGAUGCUGUUCAGGCAAAGGUGGAAAAGGUACCCAGUUGUCAUAGUUGAGUAAAAGUGAUAGGA